AUGAGUGGAGGCAAGAGUAAGCGUUCGGCAGUCUAUGAUUCCGAGUAUAAGAAUGCAGCUAAAGAUGGAAGAAAAUCGGCCAUCAGUGAAAAUUUGUAUAAGAAAAAGAAAUCAGAGCCCAUAGGCCAGUACUUGGACAGAUAUACCAAACUACUAGACAGUAUAACUCCAUCUGAAACUCCUUCACCGAGGAAUAAUGCAACUUUGACAUUGAUUAACAAUAAUGAACUAUUCUUGUUUGGAGGAGAAUACUGCAAUGGCAAUAUUUUCAAUUUGUAUAAUGAUUCUUAUAUAUAUGACUUAAAUGUUAACAAAUGGUCACUAAUUAAAUGUAAUAACAAGCCAAAACCUCGUUGUAGCCAUCAGAUCGUAAAGUACAAUGACGUGUUAUUUAUGUUUGGCGGCGAAUUUGCCACUAAAAAUGAAUAUUUCCACUACAAUGAUUUGUGGACUUUCACAUUAACUAAUAAAACAUGGAUUGAAAUUAAAACAAAUGGAACAAUUCCCAGUGGUAGAAGUGGACAUAAGAUGGGAAUUUGGAAUGAUAACAUCAUUCUGUUUGGAGGGUUUUAUGAUACAAACUACGAGUGUAAGUAUCACAACGAUCUAUACCUUUACAACAUCAAAUCAAACACUUGGUCAAAACUUGAAAGUAUCAAUCCUGGACCAAUACCACGAUCUGCAUCAAUAUUUUCCAUUAAAGAUAAUAUAUUAUUCAUUUACGGAGGCUAUUCCAAGAUAAACGACAUUGGCAUAGCGCAUUCCGAUACCUGGACCACAGAUUUACAACACAUGGCAACGAACGGCAACAAAAUUGUCUGGGAGAAAAGAAAACUUAGCGGCGAACCUCCUAGAGCUGAAAUUUGCUAUGGAAAUUGUGUCAAUGAUGGGGUUGUCUAUCUAUUUGGAGGGAUUAGGGACAUAAAUGAUGAUAUGGAUUCAAUAUUUUAUAAUGAUUUAUUCACUAUCAACCCACAGAAUAGGAAAUGGAUCAACCUUUAUCGCACUGCCCAACCUGAGUCACUAGAUUCAUUAAAAUUUAAUGAUAAAACUAGUAAUUUCCCAAUUGAAAGGGCAAAUUCACUGCUAGCAUAUAGUAAUAAUGUGUUAUAUGUAUACGGGGGCAUCCGGGAAUUUAAAAAAACAGAUGUGAUAUUAUCAGAUAUGUGGAAAUAUGAGAACAAUAAUUGGACUUGCUUAAUACCCUGUGACAUACAGAAUGUGAGCCAAUCAGAAUCUGAUUCUGUAGAAGGAUCCUGUGAUUCAUCUGUGGAAUUUGAUGAUUCUAUUAUAGAAUAUGAGGAAUACGGAGAAGAAAGCGAUAUUACUUACAGCAAUUACAGCAGUGACGAUGAUAAAUCUGGAGAAGAAGAAAUAUGUAAAGUAAAUGAUUUUUUAUUGGUGAAAAAGGGAGAGAAAUUGAGGGAUUUUUUUGAACGCACAAAGGAACACUGGCUUCAAAAAAUACCUAGUGAGAAUAUGAAUGAAAAAGAUGCAAAAAGGAUUGCUUUUGAAAAUUGUAAAUUUUUUUACGAAAACUAA